AGACAAUCCCAAAUUGAGCGGCUGAUUUCACAACGUUUAUAGUUUGUUGUUGUUACUUGUGCUCUUCCAGAUGUCUGCUGCAGGAUUCUCGCUCAUAACACGAAGGAUCGCUCCUAAAAUUUUCCCUACCUUCUGCCGCCAAAUCAAUCCACAUCAAGCUCGUAACUUGGCACCUCUAUCCGAGGUCUCUCGCAGAACAUUUUCCUUGUCAAGCACGAUCAUGAGCAAAGCGUUUAUUCAGAAACCAGCACCUCCAUUUUCUGGCACUGCUGUGAACAAGUAUGGCGAGUUCAUGGAUCUCAAAUUGUCGGACUACAAAGGAAAAUAUCUGGUUCUGUUCUUCUAUCCCCUUGAUUUCACAUUUGUUUGUCCAACAGAGAUCAUUGCUUUCAGUGACCGGGUCGAGGAGUUUCGUGCCAUUAACUGUGAGGUUGUUGCUUGCUCUGUUGAUUCAGAGUUUUCGCAUUUAGCUUGGACCAAUGUUGCACGUAAGAAAGGAGGACUUGGUCAAAUGAAUAUUCCCCUUCUGUCUGAUAUAACAAAGCAGAUUUCCAAGGAUUAUGGUGUUCUACUGGAGGAUCAAGGUGUCGCACUCAGAGGGUUAUUUGUUAUCGAUGACAAAGGAAUCCUCCGACAGAUCACAAUGAACGACUUACCCGUUGGAAGGUCUGUUGACGAGGUUCUACGCUUGGUGCAAGCUUUCCAAUUCACAGACAAACAUGGAGAGGUUUGCCCUGCAGGAUGGCGCCCUGGAAGCGACACAAUUGUCCCAGACUCAAAGAAGAGUGGAGAUUACUUCUCUAAACAGUGAUAGAAAACUAUGAAAAUAUUUUGCAAUUUGAAUUUUCCGUUCUGAUAUCUACCCUUUUAUUUAGACAAAUGAAGUUUUUAAUUAUUUAAUCUUAGUGUAUAUGAAGGCAGUUAUGGUGUGAUUGUUUUAUAUCUAAUCACGGUGUACAUGAAUGAUUUUUGUUGUCGUUGUUGUUGUUGUUUCUCUUGUCACUGUCAUCAGGUCUUAGUGUAACUCGGCUUAAUUAGGAUUGGUGAAUUUGUCAUUGUUAUUAUUAAACUGUUUGUCAUAUA